AUGAUGAACCAGAAAGGACUUCUACAGACAGCCUCAUACAAAGGUGGUUUGCUGAAGCUCAACAUGAGGAACCCAACUUUGCCAAUAGUAUUAGAAGGCUUUGCUGUAAGAGUCUGUGCUGACUUUGAAGGUCAAAGUAUUUCAGAUGAGAUAGUGUUGAAAGGUGAAUUGCAAUUAGAUUCAUUGAAACAGAAAGGAGCUGUUAAGAGGACCCUCUUCUUUGAUUACCAUCAGUCAUAUCAUUACUUCUCCAUUGUGAUAGAAAGACAGAAACAGCACCAUUGCCAGAACUUCCUUGUUUAUCUCAGAGAUGAAACAGAAUUUAGAGAUAAGUUGUCUCCCAUCAAUAUAAACUUCAAUUAUAGUUUGGAUGAAUCGAAUUUUGAAGAUAGCUUGACUGUGAAACCAAUACUGAACUAUUACCAGAAAAACUCAGUAACAGAACAGGCUUACAUUCUGGUUGACUGUGGGGAGGACAACUUGUGCAUUCCUGACUUGCAGCUUUCUGUUGUGCCGGAUAAAGAUCAGCUAAUAAUUGGAGAAGAAAACUGUGUCAUGCUCAUAAUAAAUCCAAGGAAUGAUGGGGAAGGAGCCUAUGAAGCUGAGCUACAUAUAAAGAUUCCACCUGAAGCAGAUUAUACUGGGGUUGAACGCAACAACAAGGCACUGCGUGUUUUGAGCUGUGAUUACAAGAUGGAAAAUGAAACUAGAAUGGUGGUUUGUGAUCUUGGGAACCCCAUGGUGGCUGACGCAAACUUCUCUACAGGCAUUCGAUUUUCUGUACAGCAUUUUGAAAAUGCAGAUUUCAGCAUCAAUUUUGAGCUGCAAAUAAAAAGUUCUAACAAGAUUAAUGCCAGCAGCAAUUUAGUUAACCUCCAUAUCAACAUCAGUGCAGUGGCUAAAGUACAGAUCAGAGGAGUGUCUCACCCCCCAACAAUUAUUUUGCCACUUCACAACUGGGAACCCAGAGAUGAACCUACAAAAGAAGAAGAACUUGGUCCUUUAGUAGAACACAUCUAUGAGCUGCACAAUAUAGGACCAAGUGCCAUCAACAAUACUGUUCUCCGUGUCGGUUGGCCUGUAUCCAGUCGAGAAGAAUUUCUUCUUUAUAUUCUUCAUAUUCAGACACAUGGACCAUUGCACUGUCAAACAAGCUCUCCUAUUAAUACAAUGCAAAUAAAGUUUGCUAUUCCACAAGACACUCCUGAACUUGCUGCUUUUUUAUAUAAUUCCACAAUUUCUCAUUACAUAAGGAGAAGGGAUGUCACAGUGGCAGAACCUCACAGGAAAAACUCUGCAAAAAUAUUGAACUGUACAAAUGUGAAGUGUAUCCUUAUUUCCUGCACUGUGGGACAACUGGAAAGAGGGAAGAGUGCAGCGCUAAAAAUCAGGUCCCGGCUAUGGGCCCAAACAUUCCUGGAGAGAAAGAAUGAUCUCUAUACUCUUUCUUCCAAUGUGUCCUUCGAAGUUAAGAGCAUGCCAUAUAAAGUGCAACCAGCAAAGCUCCCCAAGGGAAGCAUAGCAAUCAGAACAUCUGUCAUUUGGUCCACUCCAAAUGUCUCCUUCGUAAUUCCUUUAUGGGUUAUAAUAUUAGCAAUACUUCUUGGACUACUGGUACUAGCUAUGUUGACCCUAGCUUUAUGGAAGUGUGGCUUCUUUGACAGAGCUAGACCUCCUCAGGAUGACAUGGCUGACAGGGAACAACUGACAAAUAACAAGACUACUGAUGCAUAGAGGAAGAGAUGACAGUUCAAGUCAGAAUCCUGCCUGAGACUAGAAACAUGAUGAGGAUUAAAUGAAGGAUUCCUUCCACCAGUCUUCCUUUGUACCUGCAAGUAACGUGGUGUCAUAAUCCGAUCUAUGCAUCGUUCUGAGAACAUGCCACAUGAUGGCCUUCCUUGCCAAAGAAAGCAGCUUUAUCACUGCCUUACAAACAUACUCACCACUGAACAUAAUGUUUAUCCCAUAUUCCAGUCAGUCUAUGUUUCCGCAGAUGCUUUUGAACACGUGUGGUAUACUGAGAUGCUUCCAGAACAAGCCCAAAUCUCCCAAGGAGAGAAGGCCUGCAUUGCUGUAUUGUCUAGAAGAUGGACCAGGACAAAACUUCUGAAUGCUACUGUAUCAUGCAGAAUACCUUUGACACCUCCCUAAGAAUAAGAACUUUUAUGAAAUUAUGGCUCAGGGAGACAAGCAAUAUAUUAGUACUGUGAAAGUACUUCUGAAAAACAAAGGUAGUCUAUAAAGAACGUUAUAGAUGGGGCACAAUUAUUUAUUUUUCCUCCUUUUCAGGAUAAGUUUCUGAUAUAAUCAUCAACUUAGAUUUUGAGAGAAGAAAAUAAAAAAAUAGAAAUCAUGUACAUACCUUGCAUGUAAAUAGAAAAGUAAACCUAUUGUGCACACAGAACACAUCUUUCUUG